AUGGCAACUAAAAAUUUAUAAUAGUCUAAUCUACUUUCUAUUUAGACUAACAACAAAUUAGCUAUGCAAUCACCUAAUCAUUUACUUAAAUCAGUUGGUUAAAGCACUUUAAAUUAAAGGUACAAUAAUAAUAGUAGCAGUGGAAUUUAUUAAUCUGGAUUACCAUAGAUUUAUUACAAUAAAUAAACUUAAAAGGACCUAUCUACUAAAUCCACAAAUAAUUUAAGAUCAUUAAGAACUGAAGGCAUUAAGAGCGAAUCUUUAGAUAAAAGUAGCUUAGCUAAGUCUCUUUGCAUAAUUUCAUAAGAUGAACUAAAUAAAAUAAAAUAGAGGAUUAAAAUGGAGGAUGAUUUACCAACCUAUGACAGAUAAGCAGAAAAAAAGAAACUGCAUGAGUUAUCUAUGAAAAGAAUAGAAAAUUGGCCAGAUAAUCUACUUAACAUCACUUAGAAAAAGGAAAAAGAGAGAUAUGAAAAAUUUGAGAAAAUAGAGAAAGAAAAAAGAUUAAUUGAUGAACAAGAAGAAGCUUAUUAAAGGGAACAAUAUAGAAAAAUCAUAAAAGACUCAAAUGAGAAAAUAUUUGCCUAAGAUCCUAGAGUGAGAUAAUUCAAAAAAUCUAUGCUAUUUUCUGCUAUAAUGCAAGAAAGAAAAGAAUAAAUGGAACUCAAAAAAUAUGUUGAUGAUAUAAACAAUAAUUACAAUAAUGAGCAGACCCAACAAAUGGAAACAAUAAAAAUGCAUGAAGAAGAGGAAAAAUAAAAAUUAAAGGAAAAAAAACUAGCAUAGCUUUAAUAAAUGAAAUAAGACCUUGCUAAAUAGCUUUAAGAAAUGAAAGAAAAAAAAAUUUAAUAAAUUAUGGAUGACCAGAAAGAAGGUGCACUUAUAAAGGAAAGGGCAAAUGAAGAAAAUUAAGAAAAUAUAGAAAAAAGAAGGAAAUAAAAGUAAAUGUUUUAGGAUUUAUAAAAUCAAUUAAAUGAGGAGUAGAAGAAAAAAGAAGUAAAAGAGAAAAAUAGCUAAUGA